AUGGACCCGUUCACCGACAACGCCGCCAUAGGCUACGCCCGCCUCAACGUGCCCCAGGGACAGCGCAAAAUGUACGAAUCACCAUGGACUCGAGACUCAGUGCGCACCACCCCGUGGAUCGACAAUCGGCACUUCGUCGACCCGAAGCAAGGGGUAAGCGUGCUUCGCGGCGUGUGGGAUGAGGAAGCAAAUGCCCUGAUCUUGAGCGUCCGUGGCUGGGAUUUUGAAGGGAGAGCAUGCCCCGAGAGCGUGGUGAUUAAACCGGUAGGCCGGGGGCCGAGCAAGGGCAUCUGGGCGGCAUAUGUUCGGGGAAAAUUGGCCGAGGCGAAGAAGCUAAACGGGAAGCAUGGCGAAGGGUUUGAGGUGAGCGCGACAAUUGCCCGAGGCGAGGAGGUUGAUGUGGUAUUUUGGAAAUCGCCCGGCGGGGCAAAUGGCUACGUGUCCUCGAGGAUGCGAAUCAGGCCACCUCCCCCUUUUAAAGAAGAGAGGGGGGGGGGGGAUUUUGGCGGUGCUAACAAAGGGUGGCUCUAA